AGCAGCAGCCAGCCAGUCCAUCCUCUGCUCUCUCUCACAUCGCAUCCACCAAUUCUUCCCAUGUUUUCCUUCCCUCAGCAGCAUUUUUUUCAUUUAAAUCAGCUUUUCUAUUGACUUGACCCCAUCCCCUGCUGUGGGGGCUUCAGUGGGGUGUCCAGUCGGCUAUAGGAAGUCAGCAUGGAAGCAGUUGCACUUUAUACGUUUCGGGCCACGGAGGGAGACGAACUUAGUUUCAACAAGGGGGACAUGCUCAAGAUCACCAACAUGGAAGAUGACCCAAACUGGUACACCGCCGAGCUGCACAACCGAAAGGGCUUUGUGCCAAAAAACUACAUCAAUCUACGACCGCAUGCCUGGUUCGCCGGGCGGAUAUCUCGUGGAGUAGCAGAAAGCCGGCUCAGACACCGGGAGUGCGGAGCCUUUUUGGUCCGGGAAAGCGAAAGUGCCCCUGGGGAAUUUUCCAUGUCUGUCAGUUACGGGGAUCACGUUCAACAUUUUAAGGUGCUCCAGGAUCGCUGCGGUCAGUACUACGUGUGGGAUGAGAUCUUCUCCUCGCUCAAUGAACUGGUGGAGUUUUACCAUAGCAACAGCAUCGCCAAGGAGAGGACCGUGUUUCUGCGAGAUCCAGAGCACUUCGCCAGGCGCCCCCACCACGCCCACGCCCUCUUCGACUUCACCCCGCACCACCAGUCCCAGCUGCGCUUCCUCCGCGGCGACGUCAUCGAGCUCGUGGACUGCUCCGACUCUACGCGCUGGAGGGGCCGUUGCCAUGGACGCGUGGGCUACUUCCCCCCGGAGUACGUGCAGCCCAUCUACCACUGCCAAUGACAAUGUGACAAUGAAACACAACUUUUUCAGACUCCGCCGCCGCAAAAUGUCACAUCGCUUUUGAAUUUUCAAUUUAGAUUUUAUAAUGACUGCGAGACGAAGUGCCGCCUGUCGAUCAAGCACCUGGAGAAUAACACAGGGGAUUUCUAUAAAGACAGGGCGGCAAAGUGGGUAUUACCCUCGCCUCGAAGCAAGAAGGUUGUGGGUUCAGUUCCUACUUGGCAUGGGACCUACUUGGCCUGGAUAAGUUUACGCUCUACCCCCAACAUAAAGACCAUAAAGUACAGUUACUUUCUCCUCAACGCACCAACAAAAUCAUAGAGUCACACUAAAACUUUCAGUCAAUUUGGGUGAAAUGUUUCGCCCAAGGACAAAAAAAGACAAUGCAGAAAAUGGGGAUCAAACCAACAACCUUACAGUCACACUAACACUGUUUUGUUGAAGGUGGUGGAGUAGUAUCAGAUUAGGUGAUCCCAGGAGGAGGUGUGGAAAAGACAUUGUUUGGAAUGUGUGUGAAAUCUAACGGAUUCUUAAGAGGGCUUUAUGUAAAUACAAAUAUUAGCAAAAAUAUAUGUUCUGUAUGAUGAGUUAAAUGGGCUGUAUGUGGUUUUCACGUUUCAAAUUGCACUUUUACACGGCGAAGAUAUGUAUAGACAGCACUGGUUAAAAUAGUUUAUCGUAUUUGACGGGUGAGGUGGCAUUUUGGACGGGUUUUUGACAGAGUUUACCUUGAAAUAAAAUAAUUAAGUCCAGGUUAAGUCCAAUAAGAAGCAUUGCAUUGGAACACGCCAGACGUAGUGUGUCACAUGCACGAUUCCGUAGAAAUAUAAAGUUAAAACCAGACUUUGGGACAUUCUUCAUGGAGUUAGAUGAGUUUUAUGCCAUACUGCGGAAAAUUAUAGAUUAUACAGAUUAUAUUUCCAUGGAUAUAAGCAGGGGGAGUCUAAUAAGAGGCAGUUUGUGGAGCUGCAAAGACACAUGUUAUUCAGGUUUUUCAGCGCAAAUAAAAUGAAAAAAAAAAAAAUCUAUUCUUGCCUAAAAAGUUACAUGCAAAUUUAGGAAUUUUAAAUAAUCUAGGUAUAUAUAUUUAUUUUGCAGUGUAUUGAUAAAAGACUGAGGGAAACACAGUGAAACACGUUCCAAUAUCUGAAGGACAAAUCACACUUUAAAAGUUAGACUCUAUAUAUACUGUAUAUAGCCUGGCUAGCCAAACACACUAACUUUCUCAGCAAUGUGCAUUUAAAAUUGCACAAAAAUUGAAAGACAAUUAUUCAUCCUGCUUAUCUCUCACUUCUGUCUGUUCAAAUUUUUGGAAACAAUUUUGGAAAUAACAUAAAUUUGCUGUUUUGUGACGUGUGUGUGGAAUUAACACUGCCCCAAUGUUUCAUACCAGACGCCCGUGUCGUUAUUUGU